UUAAGGGAGGAGGAUAGGAUAAUAAAGAAACCACAUAGAUACUUAAGAACAAUGGAUACCCAAACUCAAAAAGACGACCCUUUCACAUUUUCGGUGAGUUUGGUUAAUCUUUUGUUGGGACAAUUAUAA